AUGCUCAAAAAGGCUGUGAUUCCGUUCGUUCGUUCCGUCCGCAACUGUCAUCCUGCUCCAGUGAAGUUUACUGGACAGACGCCGACUAGCUUCAUCCACGAUGGUUGGGCGAACGCACGAACUCCAUUCGACGUCUCCAACAAAUGGCUGUUUGGAAUCAAAGCAAUCAUCUUCCUGGCGUCAGGUUUCUGGGCGCCAUUCAUCGUUGUCGAGUAUCAGCUGAGGAAAGCAAACCAGUAG